AGUCCGAAUUAAGCGUCUGAAGAAAAAAGGCAGACGAGAGAAAAGAGAAAGAAGGAAAGAAAGAAUGGCCCCGCCGGCCGAGCGGACUUGAUCGAAGGUCCACCCAUCCUCCAAUGUCUUUAUGGUGCGGGAUUGUAUUUGUGGUCACUGCUAGUUUCUCGCUCAACGUGCUGUAUCACGACCUGUUCCCCAAUGGGCCGCGGAGCAACUCGAUGCCCAAGUGUUUGCUGGGCUCCAUCCACCAGCCCGUUAGAAACGGAGCCGUGUCCAUGGAUGUCAGUCUAGAGAUCGCCAGUCCUCCUCCGUUCACCCUCCACCGCCCGUUCACCGCGCUGUUGCCCGCUAAACAAGCCCUAGAAGUCCACGUAGAAGUAAAGCAAGAAGAACCCAGAACAGAACCAGAUCGGGAGCAAUGCAUGGAGACUGCCUUGGCCAUCAUGGAGACCGGAUUAACCAUCAUAGAAACAAGACUGUCAGUUGUGCAAACCAUUAAAAUAAUUCGAUUUUGGAUUAUUGAAGAGAUUGAAGACGAGGAUGAGAUGCUCAUAAAUACUGAACUAUCACGUGAGUCUUUACAAACGUGCCCUGCAAAGGAUGCAGUGUUCAAGGAACCAAAGCCAGUGGUGCAAGUGGAAGAGGAAGAGGGAAAGGAAGAGGGAGAGGAAGAGGGAAAGGAAGAGGGCGAGGAAGAGCGAAAGGAAGAGGGCGAGGAAGAGGGAGAGGAAGAGGGCGAGGAAGAGGGAAAGGAAGAGGGCGAGGAAGAGGGAAAGGAAGAGGGCGAGGAAGAGGGCGAGGAAGAGGGAAAGGAAGAGGGCGAGGAAGAGGGAAAGGAAGAGGGCGAGGAAGAGGGAAAGGAAGAGGGCGAGGAAGAGGAAGACGAGACAUCUGUCAGUGAAGUCACCAGUCUGGGGGAACCUGAAGACAUGGCUGCAAUAGAUGAAUCUGCUCCAACAGAGACAGAGUUCCACACAGCCCAGCCCAAGUUUCCUUUCUACCAGGAACAUGAUGUGCUUAUCGUACUGGUGGCUCAUUUAACACUCGUCAUUGCCGUUCUACUGUUAGGCGGCAGGUGCUUGCAUGUACAAAAGGGUGUCACAUUCAGUGACGUUGACGUGGAUGAGCUGAUUGUCACUGUUGGUUUAGUCAGCUGCAUCACCGUUGCACUGUUUGCACUGUUGGGGGCCACCAUAAUUUUAUUCAUUCGUAUAUUGCUAACAAAGUUCCCGUAACCGAUUCAUCUUUCCAAAACAAUAACAUGUUUAAUUGCCACCUGAAAGUUUUGUGCUCAUACACAGUAUGUUAUGGCAAGUAAUAAAACCUUUUGCAUUUGAUUUAGUUUUACAUCAUGCUUGACUCCUUACUUUAGUCUUUAGUGCUGGCUCAAAGGGCCAAAUGGCCUCUUUAUGCCCCUGUCCCACUUAGGAAACGGAAACCUCUGGCGACUUUGCGCUCCACCCAAGGUUUCCGUGCGGUUCCCGGAGGUUUUUGUCAGUCUCCCUACCUGCAACCUCCGGCAACCACCUGCAACCUCCGAGAACCACACAGAAACCUUGGGUGGGGCACAAAGUCUCCAGAGGUUUCCGUUCAGUUUUCCUAAGUGGGACAGGGGCAUUACUGUACUUAUUUUCUAUGUUUAAUAGAGUGCACCAGGCAGAGUUAGAAAAGAGUUUGAGCCAGAGGGUAGAAAGGUAUGAUAUGGCACAUUGUUCGCUUGUUCAACUCGUCCAUCACUGCUUUUGAAAAUCAUUGCAUUGACCGAGAAAGGCUUUGCAGCACUAAUUGUGCUCAAUGUGCCUUUGUCAUGUUAGAUUCUACACGGCAUCCAUUUUAUAGCCCUGUCCCA